AUGUUGGGCCCAAUCGUGGGAUCCGUCAUGCUUUUGGUCGCUACCGCGAUCUUUCUAUACUACACGGCAUGGACUCUCCUUAUGCCCUUCGUCGACCCCGGCCAUCCUCUCCAUGACCUCUUCCCUCCCCGCGUCUGGGCGAUCCGCAUCCCCGUUUUCCUCACGCUACUGGGUUCGGCCGUUGUUGGUACAUUUAUUGGAAUCGUGAUGAUCAACAGCAACAAGAAGAAGGCAGCCAAAGCAAAGGCGGCGGCGGCAAAGAAGAAGACCUGA